AUGUUGUUAAUAUUAUUUACAAUUAUUAUUGUUGCAUUAAUAACAUAUAUAUUUGUUAAACCAUUAAUUGAUAAUUUAUUCAAUUAUGUUCCUCAUGAACCAAAAUAUAUUCAUUCAUAUCUACCAAUUAUUGGUUUUGGAUUUGAAAUAUUGAAAAAUCCAAUUGAAUUUAUUCGUUCAUUAUAUUUAAAAUAUGGAAAAACAUUUGUUAUUUAUUUAGGAUCAAAACGUUGGGUUUAUUUAUUUGAUGAACAAACAUAUUUAACAAAAGUAAUUAAAUCAUCUGAUUUAUCUAUUGACGAUUUUUUAACAGACAUUCUAGUUAAAGGUCUUGAUAUUAAUCGUAAAUGUUUAACAGAUAAAAAAAUUCAAGAAUUACAAGUUAAACAAUUUCAUCAUUAUUUAGUUGGUGAUGAAUUAGAAAUUUUAAAUAAACUUGUUCAUGAUUCUCUCAUACAAUCAAUGAAAUUUGAUGCAAACCUUCUAACAAAUAAUAAAAAUAAAAUAGUUAAUUUUUUUGAUUUUUUUGGUGAAUUUAUGUUAUUUGCUGGUGCAGAAGGUUUAUUUGGACAUUCGUUUACUAGUAAACAACAAAAUACUACACCCAGUUUUUAUAAAUUAUUUCAAGAUUUUGAUGAAGCUUAUAAAUUAUGUUUUAUGAAUAUACCAUUUCGAUCUAUACUUUAUAAAACAAUAUUGCAUAAUAGAAAUGAAUUUAUAAAGAAAUUUUCUUUUUUAAAAUUAAAUAAUGGUGAAUCAAAAUUAAUAAAUGCCCGAGAAGAAUUAUAUCGUAGUAAUGAAUAUAAACAUUUAUUUCGUGAAUAUGAUAUAAAUGGACUUCAAGCAAGUAUGUUAUGGGCAGCUGUAUCUAAUACAGCACCAAUGGCCUGUUGGUCAGUAGUUGAUUUAUUACUUCAUCCACAAGCAUUAGAAGCUGUUAAACAAGAAUUAAAUGAAAAUAUCUCAUCAUCAUCAAUAUUAAUAUAUGAUAAAGACGUAUUAUCUAACUUAAAAAUCUUAGAAAGUUGUAUAAAUGAAUCAAUGCGUCGCGUACGUAAUGCCACUUCAACACGACAAGCGAUGGUAGAUACAACAAUUGAAUGUUUAGAUAAAACAAAAAUUGGCUUACGAAAAGGUGAUAUGCUUGUAUAUCCAGCAUUUUUAAAAAAUCUUGAUCCAAAUUUAUUUGGUUCAAAUCCCUAUGGAUAUAAAUAUGAUCGAUUUGUCAAAAAACCUAAUCAAGCGAAAGCACCAUCAAUUAUGAUAUUUGGCUGUGGAACUCAUACGUGUCCUGGACGGUUUUGGGCUAUGAAUGAAAUAAAAAUGUUAGUAGCAUUAAUUAUUCAACAUAUGGAUAUUGAAUUUAUUCAUAUGACAGAAAAAGAUAAAGAUGAUUAUCGAAAAAAAUUACCAUAUGAUUUCUCAAAAUUUAUUAGUAGCGGUGGACCAAAAAAGGGUCAUGAACAUAAAUUUGAUAUCAAAUAUUCAUAUAAAAAUUUCGAUAAUGAGUAA